CUCUCUUCAAUCUACUUUGUAAUGGGUUUCGCUAUCAAAAAGCCGGACAACGCCAUCGGCUCGGCCGUGCCGGCUAUUGUCAUCGGCCUGUUCGUUGCUUUUGGCGGUGUUCUCUUUGGAUAUGACACCGGUACCAUCAGCGGCAUUCUCGCCAUGAAAUACUGGCGAGAGCUAUUCUCAACGGGCUACAUUAACCCCAAGGACCAUUUCGCCGACGUCACUUCCUCCCAGUCAUCCAUGAUCGUCUCCCUGCUCUCCGCAGGAACCUUCUUCGGUGCUUUAGGUGCCGCCCCUAUCGCAGACUACUUUGGUCGUCGGAUUGGCAUGAUCCUCGACAGCUUCGUUUUCGUCUUCGGUGUCAUCUUGCAGACCGCAUCUACAUCGAUCCCCCUCUUCGUCGCCGGCCGCUUCUUCGCUGGUCUGGGUGUUGGUCUCCUCUCGGCCACGAUCCCCCUUUACCAAUCUGAGACCGCUCCCAAAUGGAUCCGUGGUACCAUCGUCGGUGCCUAUCAGCUGGCUAUCACAUUCGGUCUGCUUCUGGCUGCUAUCGUGAACAAUUCUACCAAGGACCGUAUGGAUACCGGUUGCUACCGCAUUCCUGUCGCUAUCCAGUUCGCCUGGGCUAUCAUCCUGGUUGUUGGUAUGAUCAUGUUGCCCGAGACCCCUCGCUUCCUCAUCAAGCAGGACAAGCACGAGCAGGCUGCCAAGUCCCUUGCACGUCUUCGUCGCAUUGACCUCAAUGAUGCUGCGAUCGUCGCGGAGCUGGCUGAGAUCCAGGCCAACCACGAGUUCGAGCUUCGUCUCGGCAAGGCUACUUACCUCGAGAUCAUGAAGGGCUCUAUCGGAAAGCGUCUCGCAACCGGUUGCGCUGUUCAGGCUCUCCAGCAACUCACCGGUGUGAACUUUAUCUUCUACUACGGCACAACCUUCUUCCAAAACUCUGGAAUCCAAAACUCCUUCGUCAUCACCCUAAUCACAAACAUCAUCAACGUCGUCUCCACCUUCCCAGGCCUCUACAUGGUCGAGAAAUGGGGUCGUCGCCCCCUCCUCCUCUUUGGCGCAGUCGGCAUGUGCGUCUCCCAACUCAUCGUCGCCAUCGUCGGAACCGCCGCAAGCUCAGCAGUGGCCAACAAAGUCCUCAUCGCCUUCGUCUGUGUCUACAUCUUUUUCUUCGCUUGUUCCUGGGGCCCCGUAGCCUGGGUCGUCACCGGCGAACUGUUCCCCCUGAAGGCUCGCGCAAAGUGUCUCUCCAUCACCACCGCGACCAACUGGCUCCUUAACUGGGCGAUCGCGUACGCGACCCCAUACAUGGUGAACAGUGGAGCGGGGAAUGCGAACCUCCAGUCUAAGGUGUUCUUUAUCUGGGGUGGAUUCUGUGCUGUGUGUGCGGUUUUCGUUUACACCUGUAUUUAUGAGACCAAGGGCUUGUCGUUGGAGCAGGUUGAUGAGCUCUAUGCCAAGGUUCCUGUUGCUUGGAAGUCUGUGGGUUUCGUGCCUUCGGUUCAUUAUACCGACGUCAGAGAUGUUGCGGGCGACGUUAAGGGAGGCACGCUUUCUCAGCUUGAGGAUGAGGCUAAUGACAAGCGGAGUGGGGAGCAUGCUACUCAUCAUGAGAGUGUCGAAACUAAGAUGGCAGUGUAA